AUGGAGUUGGGGACUUUAGAAGGCGGGUACCUGGAUCUUCUCAACAGCAGUGCAGACCCCUUGCAGCUUUACCACCUCUAUGACCACAGGGACCUCUCUGAGGAAGAAGAGCAGCUGGAGCUCUUCUCAGAACCUGACAUGGAUACCAUCAACUGCGAACAGCUCAGCAAGCUGUGGUGUGAAAUGGAAGGUGAUGAAGAGACUACGGAUGUUUAUGCUAAUAUCGCGGCACUGGACCAGUACGUGUUCCAGGACUCUCAGCUGGACAGCCUGAACAAAGACAUCUUCAUAGAGAUAGGAUUGGAUGGAUUGGAAGACGUGAGCAGCGAGACUGUAGAACUGCUGGAGGAAGCAGGGCAGAGACGCCAGAAAAGAUCCUUCCCAGAGGAGCUGCCUGUGGACCCGAAGCACAGGAAGCUAGCUGAGCCUCCCGCCUUGCCCACUGUGACUGGCACUUUCCUGGUGGGGCCAGUGAGCGGCUCUUUGGCUCCAUCUGGUCUGUUCUGCCAGGACUCAGCAUCAGUCCAGCCCCUGCUGGAGGAAACCGUGCUGGCACCUGGUAAUAUGCCCCAGGCGAGCCAGACACCCCCUUCCAGUAGCCCAGCUGUCCACGGCCUCCCAAAGUCCCCAGACCGGCCGGGCUCCACCAGCCCCUUUGCCCCAUCGGCAGCUGACCUUCCUGGCAUGCCCGAACCGGCCUUGACCUCCCGUGCAGACGUGACAGAGAAUGAGCUGUCCCCUGGCCAAUGUCCAGCUGCUCUCAAGGUCUCCAGCAAGCUUCCCAAAUGGCCUGAGAAUGUGGAGACGUUCUGCCACGCACUACGGGACAAGUACCAGGCCGAGCCUGCAGGCCUGGAGGGCAUCCUGGUGGAGGUGGAGCUGAUGAGGGCGCGGCUGGAGAGGAGCAGCGGCAAGAGCCAGGAGAGGGAGCUGGCCACCCCGGACUGGGCGGAGCGGCAGCUGGCCCGCGGGGGCCUGGCUGAGGUGCUGCAGGCUGCCAGUGACCGGCGGCGGCCUCGCGAGACACAGGUGAUCGCGGUGCUGGGCAAGGCAGGACAGGGCAAGAGCCACUGGGCCCGGGCCGUGGGCCGGGCGUGGGCCUGUGGCCAGCUGCCGCAGUACGACUUCGUCUUCUCCUUGCCCUGCCGCUGUCUGGAGCGCCCGGGGGACACCUACCGCCUGCAGGACCUGCUCUCCAUGCUGGGCCCGCAGCCACUGGCGGUGGACGACCAGGUCUUCAGCCACAUCUUGAGGAGGCCGGAUCGCGUCCUGCUCAUCCUGGAUGCUUUCGAAGAGCUGGAGAACCCAGACGGCCUCCUGCACAGCUCGAGCGGACCCCUGUUGGCGGAGACCCGCUCCCUCCGGGGGCUGCUGGCGGGCCUCUUCCAGCGCAAGCUGCUGCGGGGCUGCACCCUGCUGCUCACGGCCCGGCCCCGGGGCCGCCUGGCCCAGAGCCUGAGCAAGGCCGACGCCCUCUUUGAGAUGGUGGGCUUCUCCGCCGAGCAGGCCGAGGCCUACGUGACGCGCUACUUUGAGGUCUCGGGAGCCCCGGAGCACCGAGACAGGACCCUGGGGCUUCUCCGGAAACAGCCUUUCCUGCUCGCUCACGGCCACAGCCCCACUCUGUGCCGGGCGGUGUGCCAGCUCUCGGAGGCCCUCCUGGGGCUGGGAGAGAAGGCCCAGCUGCCCUCCACCCUUACGGGACUCUUCGUGGGCCUAGUGGGCCCAGCAACCCGCGACAGCCCCCCGGGGGCCCUGGUGGGCCUGGCCAAGCUGGCCUGGGAGCUGGGCCGCAAGCACCACAGCACCCUGCGCAAGGACCAGCUCUGCUCGGCCGAGGCGAGGGCCUGGGCUGUGGCCAGCGGCCUGCUGCUGCCCGCCCCGGGCUCCCCAGAGACUGAGCUGGUCUUCCCCAGCUUCCUCCUGCAGUGUUUCUUGGGGGCUGUGUGGCUGGCUUUGAGCAACGAGGUCAAGGACAAGGAACUGCCGCAGUAUUUGGCCUUGACGCCAAGGAAGAAGAGGCCUUACGACAACUGGCUGGAGGGCUCGCCUCGCUUUCUGGCAGGUCUGGUCUUCCAGCCUCUGGCGCAAGGCCUGGGGGCCCUGGCAGGGCCAGCAGUGGGCACCUUGGCGAAGAGGAAGCAGAAAGUGCUCGCCAGGUACCUGAAGCGGCUGCAGCCGGGGCUGCUGCGGGCGGGGCGACUCUUGGAGUUGCUGCACUGUGCCCACGAGGCCGAGGACCCUGGGAUCUGGAAGCACGUGGUGCAGGGGCUCCCCACCCGCCUCUCCUUCCUGGGCACCCGGCUCACGCCCCCCGACACCCACGUGCUGAGCAGCGCCUUGCAGGCGGCGGGCCAGGACUUCGCCCUAGACCUGCGCAGCACUGGCAUCGACCCCGCCGGACUGGGGAGCCUCGUGGGACUCAGCUGUGUGACCCGUUUCAGGGCUGCCUUGAGUGACACAGUGGGACUCUGGGAAUCCCUACAACAGCGCGGGGAGACUAGUCUACUCCAGGCAGCAGAGGAGAAGUUCACCAUCGAGCCUUUCAAGGCCAAGUCCAUGAAGGAUGUGGAAGACCUGGGCAACCUCGUGCAGAUCCAGAGAACAAGAAAUUCCUCAGAGGACACAGCUGGGGAUCUCCCCGCUGUCCGCGACCUCAAACGGCUGGAGUUUGCGCUGGGCCCCACCUUGGGCCCCCAGGCCUUCCCCAAACUGGUGAGGAUACUGGAGGCCUUUGCUGCCCUUCAGCAUCUGGACCUGGAUUCACUGAGUGAGAACAAGAUCGGGGACGAGGGCGCCGCCCUGCUGGCAGCCACCUUCCCUCGGCUGAAGGCCCUGGAGACACUCAACCUGUCCCAGAACAGCAUCACAGACGUGGGCGCCUGCAAGCUCGCAGAGGCCCUGCCCUCACUGGCCGCCUCCCUCCUCAGGCUGAGCUUGUACAACAACAGCAUCUGCGACGCGGGUGCCGAGAGCCUGGCCCAGGUGCUCCCGGACAUGGUGUCGCUCCGGGUGCUGGACGUCCAGUAUAACAAGUUCACCGCUGCCGGGGCCCAGCAGCUCGCUGCCAGCCUGAAAAAGUGCCCUCAGGUGGAGACACUGGCGAUGUGGACGCCCACCAUCCCAUUCGGGGUGCAGGAGCACCUGCAGCAGCAGGACUCACGGAUCAGCCUGCGGUGAUGCCAGCAUGUUCUCUAGGACGCUGACCAUUCCGGACCUUGAGUAGGUUAUGUGUGGACACAGCUCUUCUCAGGCUGCCUCCAGGACCUAGCGUCCUGGCACCCAGCCCUGCUGGCUCAGGGUGAAUCCUCUGCGUGGAGGUGGAAAGGUCCCCAGCCUGCUGCACAGAGAGACCCAGGUCCGGUCCAGGCUCCUGCGGGGCCCAGAUCGAGGUGGCCUUGGGGAUGGGCUGGCGCCCGAUGUACCCAGCACCCUCAGGUGCUUCCUGCGGGACACUCCAGGGAGGCCUGGAGAGGACCACCUGCUACCAGCCCAGGUGCCUGCUGGCUUGAGGCUGCUGACAUGCCUGACACACCCUGAAGAUGCCACAGGGUACCGGGCCUGCUCAUUUCCCGGGCAGAGACGGGCCGGGUUCCAUGGCAGCUGCUCUCUGUCUGCGGACUCUCUGUUUUGCACUGACUUGGUUUGCGAGGCCAGAGCUGGACCUUGGCAGGAAAACUGCUGACGCACACUAACGGGGCGGGGUGGAGCCCGUCUGCCUGGGGCCUCCCCCCCGUGCCCUCUCUCACUACGUUAUAA